AUGGAGGAAGCUAAGGAUUUUGGCAAAAUGAAGGUUGAGGAGCUUAUGGGUUCGUUAAGAACAUUUGAACUAAAUCAACAAAUAAUGAAAAAGGGUAAGCCGAAUCCUUCAAUUGAAAAAAACAAAGGUAUUGCAUUUAAAGUUUCUGAAAAAGAUAUUUCUGAUGAUGAGAAAGAUGAUGAAAUGGCCUUGUUAACAAGAAUUUUUCAAAAAUUCAUGAAAAAGGUUGGAAAUAAAAGAAUUUUUCAAAAACUCCAAAAGAAUAAAAAAGGUUUUAAUGUUACUUGGAGUGAUGAUGAUUCUGAAAGUAGUGAAGAGGAUAAUGAGAAAGUUGCUUUAACCAGUGUUUUGUCAAGUGCUUUUCAGGAAAGAGGAAAUUUUUUGUGUUUAAACAAUACCUUGACUGAUGUCGAUAACAAGGAAAUUGACUCGAAUUCAGACGAGUCAGAACUCAAUGAAGAAUCAUUGGCUGAAUCAUACAAGGUAAUGUAUGAACUUGACAAAUUGAAAAGAAAUGUUAAAAUGCUAAAUCCAGGUUCUAACAUUUUUGAGGAGGUUCGAAAUUCAGGUCAACUGAGUCAUGCUGGAUUGGGUUUUGUUGAAACUCAAUCGAAAAUGAAUACUAAAUUUGUUAAAUCUGAAAAUAUGUCUUCUGGAUAUUUUGAUUCAACUUUGCAGGGUUCUAUUUUUACAGCUGAAUGUUUGGUUUCUAUAGAAAUAAAGCAGUCAUGUAAACCUGAAAAUUCUCAUGGGAAAAAGAAACGUCUCAUUCCCUCUUGUCAUUUUUGUGGAGUAAAAGGUCACAUUCGGCCUAGAUGUCUUACUUUGCAAAACAUUGGUUGUGCCAGGCACAUGACAGGUGAUAAAGACUUUCUUGUCAACAUUAGACCAAUGAAAUGUGGCGAAGUUACUUUUGGUAAUGGUCUGGCUGGAAAUGUCAUAGGGAUGGGAACUCUUAAUUUAGAAGGUCUAGCCAGGCUUAAGAAUGUAAUGUUGGUUGAAGGACUAAGAGUUAAUCUUCUUAGCGUCAGUCAAAUUUGUGAUCAGGGUUACACUGUUAAUUUUGAUAGCAAUCAUUGCUAG